AUGGCUCAGACAAAUUGCACUCGGGUGACAGAGUUUAUUCUCGUGGGCCUCACAGAUCGCCAGGAGCUGAAGAUGCCCCUCUUGUUGGUAUUCUUAUCCAUCUACCUGUUCACAGUGGUGGGCAACCUGGGUUUGAUCCUCAUCAUCAGAACCGACGCCAGACUCAACACCCCAAUGUACUUCUUCCUUAGCCACUUGGCCUUUGUUGAUUUCUGUUACACUUCUGUCAUCACACCCAAAAUGCUUGGAAAUUUCUUAUACAAAGUAAACGUCAUCUCCUUCAAUGCAUGUGCUGCGCAGUUAGGUUGCUUCCUUACCUUCAUGGUCUCAGAGUGCUUGCUACUGGCCUCCAUGGCCUAUGAUCGCUAUGUGGCCAUUUGUAGCCCUCUCUUAUAUAUGAUCACGAUGUCACCAGGAAUCUGCCUUCAGCUUGUGGCAGUUCCCUAUAUUUACAGCUUCCUCAUGGCACUGUCUCAUACCAUCCUCACCUUCCGGCUCGCCUACUGCCAUUCCAACGUCAUCAAUCAUUUCUACUGCGACGAUAUGCCUCUCCUCAGGUUAACUUUCUCAGACACUCGCGCUAAGCAGUUGGGGAUUUUGACUUGUGCUGGCAUCACAUUCAUUUCCUCUGUUUUGAUCGUCUUUGUCUCCUACAUGUUCAUUAUUUCUGCCAUCCUGAGGAUGCGCUCAGCGGAGGGCCGGCGUAAGGCUUUCUCCACGUGUAGUUCUCACAUGUUGGCAGUCACUAUAUUUUACGGGACCCUGAUCUUCAUGUACCUACAGCCGAGCUCAAGCCACUCUCUUGAUACAGACAAGAUGGCCUCAGUCUUCUAUACAGUGAUCAUUCCCAUGUUGAACCCCUUGAUCUAUAGUCUCCGAAACAAAGAUGUGAAAGAUGCUCUGAAAAAACUCAUCAGCUAUGGAAGCCAGGCAUUUGUAGUCACAGGAUUAAGAAAAUGA